UUUAAGGUAAAUUAGUGAAAAGUUGUUCGAAAUUCGGAGGUCUUGUCGCACAUCGCACACUUCAUCGACAUUGGAAAAAAGCGAAAGCGAAGAAAGAGGGAAACUAGAAGGCAAACAGGAAAAUUGGUGCGUACUGUUUUUUCGAGUUUGGCUUGGUAUCCGAUAGAGGCGACAGUAUCGCCGCAAGUUGUGACGUCACAAACAACGAUCAGUCACUUCGCACGAGAAAAAUAUGUCGGCGUGCUGAACGAACGAACAAGUGAUUAUUGUCUGUUGUGUGAACUGAAUACGCGGUUCGAUUGAAAUUGUUAAAGCAAUUCAUCGUACCAAGUCGUACCCAUCAUGUCGCACUUAAUCGGCAUGGGGAAACCGGACUACAUCGUCGGUGGUAAAUAUCGUCUCAUCAGGAAGAUUGGAAGCGGAUCCUUCGGUGACAUCUAUUUGGGCAUCAAUGUCACAAACGGAGAGGAGGUGGCAGUAAAAUUAGAACAGAUCAGGGCCAGACACCCCCAACUUCUUUAUGAGAGCAAACUUUACAAAAUUUUGCAUGGUGGUAUUGGAAUUCCACACAUCAGAUACUAUGGGACGGAGAAGGAAUACAACGUGCUGGUGAUGGAUUUGUUGGGACCAUCACUCGAAGAUCUCUUCAAUUUUUGCAAUCGACGCUUCACCAUUAAAACGGUGCUGAUGUUGGCCGAUCAGAUGAUCGGUCGCGUCGAAUACGUACACUGCAAAUCGUUCAUCCAUCGUGACAUCAAGCCGGACAACUUCCUCAUGGGCAUCGGUCGCCACUGCAACAAGUUGUUCCUGAUCGACUUCGGACUGGCGAAAAAGUUCCGCGACGCACGCACCCGUAUGCACAUAGCAUACCGCGAGGACAAGAAUCUGACGGGCACGGCCCGUUAUGCCUCGAUCAACGCCCACCUGGGAAUCGAGCAGUCCCGUCGCGACGACAUGGAGUCCCUCGGCUACGUGCUCAUGUACUUCAACCGGGGCAGCUUGCCGUGGCAGGGUCUGAAGGCGGCGACCAAGAAACAAAAGUACGAAAAGAUCAGCGAGAAAAAGAUGUCGACGCCGGUCGAGGUGCUGUGCAAGGGUUUCCCAGCCGAGUUCUCGAUGUACCUGAACUAUUGCCGCGGGCUGCGUUUCGAAGAGGCGCCCGACUACAUGUACCUCCGUCAGUUGUUCCGCAUCCUGUUCCGCACGCUCAACCACCAAUAUGACUACACGUUCGACUGGACGAUGCUGAAACAGAAGGGGGUGACGUCGGCGGGAAGCGGCGCCGUCGGCACGUCCGCCCAACCGCAGACAAGUCAGACACUCGCCCAACAGCCAGCGAACCGCGAGAAAAAAGACGAUGAAAAGAACAAGCAGAACUCUGCUAAAGGUAACCGUUAACGUGGCGCGCUUGGCUAAAAAAGCGCACCGACUACUGGACUCUUGAUCCAACUUCGUUGUUUGGUUGGUCAGUCACACCUCCUCAAAGAGGACGUCUGACUCUUUUAUAUAUAAAAUUAAAUUUUUAUUGUAAGUGAGCAUAUAUACGAAUUAUAAUUUAACUUUGAUCUAUCCGUCGUUUAAUGCGGUAAUUGUAUAAAAAUUAUAUGGAUAAAAAUCACAAUAAAAAUUGAUUGGUCGGUCGGUCGGUCUGUUGGUUUGUUCGUCGGUUGGCCGAGGGAGGAAGGGGCGGUCUUGGUCUGCUCCAGUCCAUCUCCACACCUCCUCCUCCUCCACCUCACUGCCACAUACACACACUACGACCGCCGCCGUCAUCAUCCAACAUCAACAUCAAUAUCAACAUCAACAUCAACAACAUCAACACAACAACAAAACGUAUGAAUUUCUGUGUGACGUGAGCGAGUGAAUGCAAGUCAGGCUGUAUUAUUUAAACUAUAUUAUAAUAAUUAUAAGGCGUAGAUUGUAAAAAAUGAACAUGAUUGAAGAGGGGAAGGAAGAAUUGUCGCGCGGAUACUCGGAUGAUAAGUGAGUACUGUAAUAUUAGUAAAAAGAAGGAAAAUUAAAAAAGUACGUGUGUCUGUGUGUGUGACAAGACGUUUCGCCACCUUCACCUACGUUGUUUUUUAAUGUAUUCAAAACGGUGUUAUUGUAUUUGUUUAUCGAUCGCGAUCAGAAAUCUAUAUUAAAUAUAGGAUUGAACGGACGCAGUCCGGUCUCGUGCCGGUACCUGCUGCUGCUGCCGCUGUGAUUCAACCGUUUCUUCAAUUCUCCGAUUGAUUCGCUGAUUUCGUCUCUGUUUUCGUUUCGUUUCGAGAGCCGCUCUUUCAUUUCAUUUUAAUCGACCAUCGAUCAGUGUGAAAUAGAUUGUUAACUCUGAUCUUACCUGUGACAAUUGUUCUGAAUUGUCUUUGGCGUUGUUUCUUAUUAUUCUUACUACUACUACUCUUAUUAUUAACAUCCCGUAAAGUUUAAUGUAUAAAAAAUAAUACAUGAUAAAUCAGUGUGUGUACUAUUAUUAUUAUUAUUAUUAUUAUAUGCCAAUUUAUAACUUUAGGUUUAUUAUUGUUAUUUGUGUAAUAUGAUUUUUCUCAUUUAUGUUUAGUAACACUAUUUACGGAAUAGUUUCAUUUUGGCUGAGACGCCGUUAAUUUUAGUUUAACAGUGUUCCAAGAGGUAUUGCGAUAAUAAAAAAACAUAAAAGCCACAA